UGUUGAGCAAUCUAAUGUUGAAACAGAGGAUGCUGGUAACAGUYCAAUUCAAGACGAAGUUUCUCAAGAGGGRAGAAUAGUCAAUGAACAAACAGAUAUAGUUGAUACUGUUGCUAAAGYUAUUGAGAAUGAARAAAUCUCUCCUAUUAAUUCAUUAGAUGAUCAUACUGAACUUGCUACAGACUCGGGAAAUGAUAGCAAUUCAACAGAAUCCGACAUUCAAUCGAAAAAUGAAAUAUCACCAGUGAUUAAUGAGAAAAAUACUGAAAUAAUCCAAAAACACAUUGAAAGUAUCCUUGYUGAUAAGAGAUUGGAUGAAUUUGAAACGUAUAAUGUUGAUGAAAUCGARAAUGUGAUUAAUGACGAUGACAUUGCUGAAGCUAAUCCACUACCAGAUGAAAAUAAURAUGUUCAGAUGAAUGAGAGUUCUGAUAACAAUCAUGGCAUGUCACGWGCAAAGAAGAAAUACACAUUUGAGAAAGAAGUUAACGAAAAAAUUGCUGGUACUAAACAUUCACUUGAUACAACUGAUCCAAGAGAAGCAAUCAGAGUGUUAAAUACUGGUGAAACCAAGAGAAUCGAACCCAAGAAAAGAGAGAURCCUAUCACUGUGAAAUUAAACAAAAGAUCGCAAUACAAGUCACCAUAUGUUACAAGAAGUGGUAGAACAGUUAUAAUCUGA